AUGUCAGACCUCCAGGACCAAGCUUGCCAUCUAUACGACCAAGCAGACAAGCUCAGAAGCAGUAGAAACUGCGGCAGCAACACGUCUUCAAGCCAGAGCGCAUCGGAUUGGCAGGAUCAAUCGCACAUGGCGACGCAGAGUAAUGACUAUUAUUCAGGAUCCGGACAGUAUGCCACACAAAACGACAAUGGAGGAGCUAAGGGAUCGAAUGGUGAUAUUGAGCGUAGAUGGCAACGCUGGUGA